AUGAUUACACGAGGUUUCGAUUCCACAACAUUUAAUGAGACUGAUACAAAUGAUGAUCUCACAAUUUUAAAUACUUCAUUUGAAGCUGAAUUGGAAGGAGAUAUACAUUUUAUGACAGUUAAUCUUAAAAAAUUGUACUCAUCUCGAAGAAUUUCUCUUUUUUGUUUUAAUGUUUUUUCAACAAUUCUCAUUCAAAGGUUUCAACGUUAUAAAGAAUACGGAAAAUGUGUUUCUAUGCCAAACGGUCAGAAAAUUGUUAUAACAAAAUUUCCAACUGCAAUAAGUAGACAUCUUACUUCACAUUUUUUGGAUAUGGAAAAAUUAUUAAAAGAGAAAAAGAUUAAUGGUGUAUCGAUAGUUUUUUAUGAUGAUUGUGCUAAAAAAAUAAUUGAGUCUUAUAAGUUUAUGAUUUUCGUUGAUACCAAUGAAAUAAAAGCAUUUACUGAUUAUAAUGGAAAGCCAAUUGUUUAUCUUCCAUCAGUAGAUACUUUUGAAAGUGACAAGAAAUUAUUUUCUAAUAUUUAUGAAAAAGUUUACAAUCAUUGUGAUAGACUCAUUUCGAUUCAACAUGCUUAUGUAUUUCCUCUUUUUCGUUUUCACUUUAUUAAAAAACAAGAUAGGAAGGAGUAUGAAAAGAUUCUUAAGGAUCAACCACUUUCCUUUCGUUUUGCCCAAAAACCUUUAUUUAGUACAAAUAAUGAUGGUGUUUUACUUGUAGCUAAUAUAAGAAAACGUUUCACUUAUGGGUUUGUAUAUAAUCAUAUAUAA